AUGGAGCUUACCCUGCGGACUGUCCUGGCCGCUCUGGUCGGGCUGUACUUCCUCUACAAAGUCCUGUCAUUUGCCCGGUUUUACAUCAUUGGUCGUCGCAGCGGAUUUCCCCUGUUUGUGACUCCUCUGUUUACCCAGCAUAUUGUCUGGCAGAUCGUCGGACCGACCUUCGAGCCGCAGUUUAGGCGAUAUCUGCCCCGAUGGCUCUAUGAGCAUCUCGAUAUCACCAUCAACGGGUGGGAGUUCCGCCACAAGAAUGAGGUGCAUCGCCGGUUCGGCAAGACCUACGCCGUGGUCUCACCCGAUGAAUGCUCGCUUUGGGUAGCCGACCCGACGGUCGCCAGCGUCGUCUUGCAACGACGCAAAGACUUUGUUAUGCCCCCCAUCGUGGCCCAAUUCAUGGGCUUCUUCGGGCCUACCCUCCUGCAAUCGAACGGUGAGGAUUGGACUCGCAUGCGGCGAAUCAUUGCCCCCAAUCUCAAUGAAGCCAUCAUGGACACGGUGUGGAAUGAGACGAGUCGCCAGGCGCAUUCCAUGCUCGACUACCUCCUGCAGCAUCCCGGCGGCGAAACGCUGAACGGGUUCCGUAGCGUGGCCAUCAAUGUCCUGGGACAAGCAGGCUACGGGCAGAACCAGCCCUGGUCGCCGGACUUUGUGUCGACCUUGGGACAGGACUGGCAGGGUGCUCGAGUGUCGUACUUCAAGACGAUCGCCAUGGUGACGGAUCGGUUCCUCGAGGCGGCUCUGAUCCCGAGCAAGCUGAAAACGCUGCCCUUCAUGCCGAAAUCUCUGCGCCUGCUCGGUCGUCAGAUGGCAAAUGUGCCGCAGUAUAUCAAGGAGAUUUUAGACGAGGAACGGAAUGCCAAGUCCAGCGAGCCCCCCAAGAAGCGAAGUAAUCUGAUGGACUUGCUGGUCCAGUUCACGGACCCGGGCAAAGAGCGCACCUCCUCGACGUUGUUCCUGAGUGAUUCCGAGAUCAGCGGCAAUCUGUGGGUGUUUACCGCUGCCGGGUUUGACACUACUGCCAACACCAUGGGAUAUGCUGUGAUGUUCCUGGCUAUGUAUCCGCAGUGGCAGGACUGGAUGCGCGAAGAGCUGCGCAGUCUGGAUGGUGAUGUCUCGAACUGGGGAUAUGACGUGUUUCCCCGAUGCCCGCGUGUGCUCGCGGUUAUGCUCGAAACCCUGCGCCUCGUCUCCCCCGUUUCGCACACCACGCGCUCCGUAGCCACGACCCAGCAGAUCGCUGAUAGUAACGGCACCCACGUGCUGUCGCCUCCGAUGACCGUGUUUGUCUCGCAGCAGAGCAUCCACGCCGACGCAGACAUCUGGGGCGCUGAUGUGGACGAAUUCCGGCCCACGCGGUGGUUGGACGAGGCGGGCCAGACCGUGGUGCCGCCCAAGGGCACGUUCCUGCCGUGGUCCGGAGGGCCCCGUGUGUGCCCGGGGUUGAAGAUGUCGCAGGUGGAGUUUGUUGCGACGAUGGCGACGCUGUUCCGACAUGCGCGGUGCGAGCCGUUGCCGCAGGAGGGGAUGUCCACGGAGGCAUUGGUGGCGCGGCUAAAGGAGCUGAUGGAUGAUUCGGCGCCCAAGUUGACGAUGCAGGUGAAGCAGCCGAAUGAGGUGCAGCUGCAGUGGGUGCAAUGCUGA